UGAAUCCUUGCCGAUAAAAGGGUAGUUAGAUCAAGAUUGAAUAUUAUUUAAGAGAAGCAUUCCUGCUUGAAUCCUGGUUCCAUAUAUCCAGCGCUUUUAUCAUGGCGGAUGGUACAAAGCCGAUUAAGCAAGGCAUCACAGAUGUCCAGCCAAUCCCAGAGUCGGAAUCAAAUGUCGAUGAACCGAAGACAUUUCGACAGCGUGUUAAAGAUGUGUUGUGGGAUAGUUUAGACUAUCCACCACAAGAACGACGAUUGAUUUUCAAGAUUGACUUCUUUAUUCUAACAUGGGCAGGUCUUGCAUAUUUCUCGAAGAACUUGAACACGAACAAUCUUUCAAACGCAUAUGUUUCUGGAAUGAAAGAAGAGCUCAACGUGGUCGGAAAUGAGUACCAGACAUUUACGACUAUGUGGACAAUUGGUUAUGUUGUCAGUCAAAUUCCAUCUCAAAUUAUAUGUACCCGAGUCCGACCAUCCCUGUGGUGUCCAUCAUGGGAAUUGCUCUGGGUUGUAGUCACAUUUGCAACGGCUGCUGUUAAGACGCCUCAUCAGCUAUAUGCAUGUCGUUUUCUAGUUGGUUUGGCUGAAGGAACAUUCUAUCCAGCCGUGCAUACAGUACUUGGAGGAUGGUAUACAAAAAGAGAACUUGGAAAGCGAGCAUGUAUUUUCUUCGGGUCUGCAUUUGUCGGCUCCAUGUUUAGUGGCUAUUUGCAAGCAGCAUUAUACACCGGAAUGGACGGCAAAGGUGGUCUAUCCGGAUGGCGGUGGCUGUUCAUCUUCGACGGCGUCAUCACACUGCCAAUGGCCCUGUGGGGCUAUAUCGCACUUCCCGAUCUCCCAAGUACAACCCGAGUGUUCUGGUUGAAGCCAGCAGAGAAGGAGCUGGCUCAACAACGCAUGGCUGCAGCAGGAAAAAAGCUCGAUGAAGCUGUCACUCUUAGAGGCAUCAAGAGAGUGUUGAGAAAGUGGCAUUUUUGGGUGUAUACAGCAUACUAUACGUUCUUCAUUUGCAGUGAGAAUAUUGGAACUUAUAUGAAUCUAUGGCUCAAAAGUCUCGACAGAUAUACUGUCCCUCAAAUCAACACUUAUCCUACUGUCAUUAACGCCGUCACCAUCGUCACGACUCUUCUGUAUGGUUGGACAAGCGAUGCAUUGCAGCUUCGAAGUCCGAUUGUAUACUUCUCUUUGACCGUGUGUUUCUUUGCAGCCAUGAAUCUGGCAAUUUGGGAUGGUGUUCCUUUUGGGCUGAAAUGGACAUCUUAUUAUCUUACUGGUUUCGCCCAAGGUUCGGGUCCAGUAUUUCUGACAAUGGUCAAUGAAGCCUGUGCUGGAGAUAGUCUCGAGCGAAAGAUUAUUCUGGGUUCUACCAAUUCCAUCGCAUAUGCAUUCAAUGCGUGGAUUCCCCUUCUGACAUACAACACCACAUAUGCGCCGCGAUUUCUCGUUGGAAAUUCAGUGACGGUUGCGCUCAUCGUCUGUGCGGCUUGCACGUUGACACUGGCUGUUUAUUUAGAGAGAAGAGAUAAAAAGGUAACUGAGGAAGGAGAGGUUGAGUAUCCUUGAACCAUUCAUCUAUGGGAGUGUAUCGAGAUACUAUGCAAGUAUAUAUGAGCUAAAUAUGCCAUGCCUAUUGCUUAUCGUAAAAAGCAACCCGCUGAAUAUGUUUGUCUGCUAUUCAAUAUUGGUUUUUCAAUCGACAUGUUCCACAGUAGCCAAGUCAUCGCUCUUAGGAACUGCAGCCCGGCCAAUCUUUGCAUUUCGCUGGACCUCCUCGUCUUCGUGUUGGAUGAAUUUGAGCGGUCGCUUGGUUGAGAUGGCGUCGGGGUCACCGACCACGAUGAGUGGUGGGUUGGAACGAUAAUAGGCAUCCACAUCUUCAAGAGUCCGGUUUG